AAGCCUAUUGUGAUUAUAACAAGUGGUAUCAGAGCCCCUUGGAGCCUUCUCGACCAUGCCUAGACCUGAGGAAGGGGGUGGCAGAGGUGCUGGAGGCAGAGAAGACGCCCAAGCACAAGGUCAACACCAAGAUCCACCCAUUGCUCCGGUGCAACCUAGCCUUGGACCCUCUAGGGAUGAGCCUAGAGUGUUUGGCCUUGACAAGUUCAACGGUGACAACUUUGCUGAGUGGUCCUUCAAGAUGGAGAACAUCUUUGACCACUAUGAUCUGCUGGAGGUGAUGGAAGGAACGGAGAAGCGCCCCGAGAACGACCCGGAGAAGAGCCCGUGGGUGCGGAAGAGCGCACAAGGCUACCUUCUACUUGGGCAAGCGUUGGGGAGCAGCCAAAUCCGUCACAUCAAGCCUUUUCAGCGUGAACCAGCAAAGGGACCAAAGGCAUGGGCUGUUCUCAAGGGUGUACAUGCUCCUGCAACAGCAGCGGUAGCUGUAGUUUUGGAGCGGCAAAUGGCAGCACUUCGAAUUGACGAAGGCGAACCGGUGGAGGAAGGAGUACAGAAAUUCUUCGACUUGUUGACACGGCUCGAAGGAGCUGAGCUAAACUACAGUGACCUUCAAAAGAAGACCAAGCUGCUGGCCUUACUUCUGGACUCAUGGUCCUCGCUCAUCAUGAACCUUAAUCGAGAUCUGCCCCGUCUCUCACUCGAAGAUGUGAAGCGGGAAAUCUUACAAGAAGAUUUCCGCCGUCGCGAAUUGGCGGGUCCCGAUGGUGCCGGAGUUGCAAGCAUGGGCCGUGGGCACGGCCGUGGAAGAGGCAGAGGGCGAGGAGAAAGAUUUGGCAGCAGUAACUUCAAUGGAGGCCGUGGUAAUGGAGGAUAUGGCAGCAACAACAACAAUGGCUACGGGCGUGGGCGCGGUCGAUUUGAUGGCGAAUGCCAUUUUUGUCACAAGACCGGCCACAUGUGGAGAGAUUGCUUCAGAUUGCCUGAUGGAUGGACCCCUUCUCAAGGCCAAGAGGGCAGAGGAGCAAGGGGAGGAAGAGGCAGAGGUCGUGGAGGCCGUGGUGGCCGUGGAGGCGAAGCGGCAAGCAUGAAAGGUGGAGACUACGACAAGGACUCGAGUGAAGAUCGAUACCCGGGCCAAUUCUUCUUUGUCUCCACGCAAGCGGCAGCUGCAGCAGGAGGUGUGGAAGGCUUUGAGGAGCCAGCAACUGUGGGAAAGGUCACCCUUCACUCUCUGGACUUUUGGGUGAUCGAUAGCGGCGCCACCUACAGCAUGACACCUCGUGCGGACUUGCUCACCGAACUCGAACCGUCGCCGGUGAAGCAUGUUACAUCGGCUUUGGGGCAGCGAGCAGAGGUGAAAGGCAUGGGCAAGGCCAUGUUCAAGGGUGCUGAUGGGAAGAUGGUGGGCCUCAAGAACGUGCUUUGGGUGCCCAACCUUGCAGCCAACCUGAUUUCCGUUCGGCGUUUGCAAAAGGCCGGCAUGGACACAUCUUCCAAGGGCUCCAAAACAUAUACCGCGAGGCUUGGUGAGCGGAAGCUUUGGGACCUUCAUGAGGACAGGGACAUCUACAAUGAGAUGUGGCAAAUCCCAGUGGUCCCCAUGCCUAAGGGGAGGCAAGUGGCAGCAAGCGUCAGCACCAAGAGUGAAGCGGUUGGUGGCGGUGAUCACGGAAAACAAAGUGACACCAAGAGUGACUCGAAGGAGUGCAACCUUGGAGAGACCAGCAAGGCGUGUGAACCCAAGGAGAGUGGUGCAGCAGCCAAAGGUGGUGGAAAUGAGGAGGAGAAGCCUAAGAUCAGCAAAGCAGCAGCGGCGAAGGAGAAAGGAGAGAGCUUGUGGGGCACGAUUGCGAGUGCCGCUUUCUCCAACCCGACUUCCGCUACGGGAGAGUGUGAUUGGCUGACCUUGCAUCGGCGAAUGGGGCAUGUGGCAUUGCCCAUUUUGCAGCAGAUUGUUAAGCAAGAGAUGGUCAGUGGGAUACGUGUCAAGGGGGAGCCCAAUGAGGUGCUUGGCUGUCCAACAUGCAUGCAAGCCAAGUUCACCCGCUACCCGUUCCAUAGCUCGGAGACAACGGCGAAGGCACCACUUGAUGAGGUGGUGAUGGAUGUGGUGGGCCCCUUGAAGCUUGGAGCUGCUGGAGCUGAGUACUUUCUCACCAUUGUGGACGUCUACACUCGCAUGACUUGGGUGUAUGUGCUGCCCAAGAAGAGUGACGUAGCUGAAACUGUGAAGACCGAUUGGUUGCCGAUGGUGGAGCGGCAACAAGACCGACUUGUGAAGGCGAUUCGCACUGACCGUGGGGGAGAGUUCCUGAGCAAGGAUUUCUCAACUUGGCUGAAGAAGCAGGGCAUAAGGCACUCUCUUACCAUGCCCUACUCUCCUGCAAUGAACGGCAUCGCCGAGCGUGCGAAUCGGACACUCACGGAGACGGCUCGGGGACUUCUCAUUGAAGCCGGUCUUCCCAAUUACUUUUGGCCGGAUGCGGUGCGGCAUGCUUGUGUGGCCAAGAACAGAGCCUUGACUCAUGUGGGAGAAGACAAAUGGGUGCCCUAUGUGGAGUGGAUUGGAAGGAAGCCGAAGGUGGAUAUGCUUCGGGUGUUCGGGUGCAUAUGCAUGGCACUUGUGCCUAAGAAACUUCGGCACAACAAGCUUGAUGCCAAGGCAACAUGGGCCGUGCACCUGGGCAUGGCUCAAAACAGCAAGGGAUGGCUUCUUUGGGACCCAUUUACCAAGAAGUUCCUGGUGAGCAGAGAUUGCAAGUUCAUGGAGAACUUACCGUACAAGGAGUGGAAGGCGGAGAACCAAGCGAAGAUUGGUGUGCGGCUCAGAGAGGUGAAGAGUACCGGCUUGGAGCAUGUGGAGCUGCCCUUGGAGCUGAGUAGCAGCAGCACUAUUACAAGGCAAUCUCCUCAAAUGAAUGGGGGAGAAGAGGAGGAGGAGGUGCAGCAAGGUGAUGAGCGUGCACCGGCACUUCCGCCUCGUGCUACAAGUGCUCGUGGGAACCGACCAGAUUUACCGCAACGCCAUGAGAGCAUUCAAGUCCCUGCAGCAGAGGAGGAAGGAAGGGGGAGAAGGAGGACUCAGCCCCCUAAUAGGUUGAGCUAUGACCGGCUUGGAGGACCAGCCAACUCAACCUUGACCGGUUCGGCUCUCAUGCUAGGCGAUGAUGCGGAAGAUGAAAGCGAGGAGUGCGCCUUUGCCUUCUUCUCUCCGGUGGAGAUGCCGGGGGAGCCUACAAAUCCCAAGGAGGCUUGGGAGGGCCCCAAUGGGAAGGAGUGGAAGAAGGCCUCAGAUGAAGAAAUGGGGAGCAUCAUCGAGAACGACACGUUUGACUUGGUAGCAGCUGGAGAGAGAGUGGCCAAGUACCUUGGCCAAACAGCAACUGUUGGACUGCAAUACUCCGCGGCGGCACAAAGGCGUCAAAAGGGGGCGGAUGGAGUCGAACCCGGGAGGCUCUUUCUCACCGCCUUCUCUGAUGCAUCUUGGGCAUCAGAACCAGAGGACAUGACAAGUGUGGGAGGCUUCAUCUGCUGUGUUGGUGGAGGCCCAACAGCUUGGGAGAGCAAGAAGCAAGUGGACCAAGCAUUGAGCUCGGUGGAGUCCGAGUACAUGGCACUCUUCCGUGCCAUAAGAGAGGUUGUGUGGCAGCGGCGUUUGCUAGCUGAAUUGGGGGAGGAGCAGCAAGGACCAACCCCACUCUACUGUGAUAGCCAAGGUGCUAUUGCAUUGGCUAAGAACCCGGUUCUUCAUGGCCUUACCAAGCACAUGAAGGUGAAUUUGUACUCCUAAGACUAUAGUGGCUGCUAUACCUCCUGCCAGUCAAACCGCCAUAGCGUCGUCAAAUCUUCAUGGAAUUUCAUGAUUCAACUUGCUGCUCAUAGACGACAGCAACGCACUCCAGAUCCAACUUACAGAUCA